UAAAAUGCCUAAAUUAUGGACUGUCAUCUAUGUUGAAAUGUCUCAAGAAAACAAGUAAGGGAUGGCUCUGAGGUCCCUGGUUCUUUUAACCACCUAGGUGUGUCAAUGUAGAACUAACCUCUACACGAAAUACGACUGUUCUCUAGACACAAUAGGGCUGCUGAGAGGCAUGGUGGGCCCAGGGGCAGGCCCAAUGCUUGGGCUCCUUCAAAAACAAAGCAACAAACCUAAAAUGUGUCACUAUGGAAUUAAAAGACAUGAUUUUCUUUUUAAUUUACAUUCGUAAAACAUUGUUAAACUUUCCGAGUACAGAUAUGUUUUUGUGAUUAACGUGUUAAUAGGAGUUAUAUUUUAAAUAGAGACAGUUUAAUUACCAGCGGGCACCUCAUUGCUUGCGGGCCCGGGGCAAUUGCCCCCUUGCUCCCUCUAGAUGGGUCUGCCCUGGUUCUUUCCAUCUUUCCCAAAAUUUUAUGAACUGUUCAUUUUACUUUUUCUUUUGUUACCUCGAGUCGAUAAUGAGGCUGCUAAACAAAUCACCAGCCAGCAACCGAGGUUACCGAAGGACGCUAUUUUUCCACAACAUAGCAACACGUCUCAAUCAUCUCAAAGUUUGCAAGCAUAACCGAUAUUGUAGAAUUGAUAGAAAUGGAUUCACUUGCAUUUGGCCGUCAAUAUCCAACCGAAGAGGAAGUUGCUCAGGCGAGAGACAUUCUAAAGCCUCCUGGAAUUCUAUCAAAGGCAUAUAACAAAAUGCAGCUCAAGAAAGUAGAGCGUGAUUACCCUAUUGAUGCAAAGCCUAAUUCCCAAGAAGCCUUGGUGAAAAAGUAUCAAACAGACAGACUCUCAAUGACUGGAGCUACAAAUGAUGUGCCUUAUUUUCAAGUGAAAACAAAACAUGAGUUGCCAUCAACAUAUGACAGAAUAAAACAUAUGGAGCCUGGCUACAAUCCAAAGCUUCACAGAGAUGAUAGAAAACAUGCAAAGCUGAGAGGAUUGAAUGUCAACCUUGAGGAAACAGCACUGGCAGCACCGAAGUUGUCGUCCUCAACCUAUGGUCAUCCUGUACGGUCACAAAUUGAUUUUCCAUCAAGAACUCAUUCUCAUGUGGAGGUCUGCCAAAAAGACUUUUUUCGUCUCACUGGCACUAGUAUCGGAAAAGAAGAAUAAAGCGCUGAACAGUGGGAUAAAAUUAGAAAUUCAGUGGAUUGGCCUCUAAGAUCGCCUAGCAUAUAGGGCAAUGAGUUACAAAGUUGGCUUCAAUUUUAAAUAGUUUUGGGUAAUGUGAGGAGAAGGAUGCCUUACUUGAACGAUUCAAGGUUUAUAUGAAUGGUUUAGGACUACCAUGGUACUCACACUUUUAAAAUACCGUAUUUCUCGGCGUAUAGUCAACCUUUAAUUUUUGGCUGAAAAUACACGACUUUUAACAAAACCAGGCGUAUAUAUCAACAAACCAAUCUUGCUCUCAUUAACUGCAAACGCUCUAUAUUAUAUUAAGGAAAUUUAUGAAUUACGACAAAUUUUGCUGCUCCAAUUUCAAAGUUAAUUCAUUUCAAGUUUUGACUCACAAAAAUCAUGGCACUCGCGAAUAAAAGGAAUUUAAUUCUGAAACCGCAGUUUACACUUUCCUUUCGAAAGUGUUUUAAGUGAAAAAUUUUUAGCUAAAACAGAAAUCUUUUUCUGCAUAAAAUUCUUGUAAACUACACUUAUGAAUACAAAGCAAGUUUUUUCAAAAACAUAUCACCGGCGUUAAAUCUGCGUCCUACUUUUCUGAUAUUCUUUGCGGACCGAGAAACUGGACUUAUUCGCCGAGAAAUUCGGUAGUGUUUAUCGUGUAUCAAUAAUUAUCACUUUUUCAAUUCAUGGCCACCCUCCCCGAGGCCCUUCCAUUUCAAAGUAUGAUUUGCAAAUCCUGCUUUUAGAGUGCUAUAUUCUAGAAAAAGAGGUCAGCAGACCAUAGAACGUCUGCUUCACUUUAAGUUAAAGACUUCUUGUUUGGUAGUAUCUUCUGUUGGGUUAUCGUCAUACCCGAUGUAGUAGUAUUAACUACCUUCCCGAGAAUAUUUUUUCUCUACCUUUUACCAUUAAAUGUAGCAUCUUAGCAUUUCGAGCCAAUUAGAAAUUGAUGUAAACAAACCACAAGUUGGUAUAUAUUUAUUACAAGAAAUUAUAAAAUCA